AGCCUGAGAACAAAAUUAAGCAGCUUUUAGCAGAGAGAAUUAAUGGAGGUGAGAAGAGAUAAGAGGACAAAAACAGAAGAAAUAAAGAAGGCCCAGUACAACUACAACUGCCAAGCUCAGAGGUUCCUUGUAGUACCAUUAAAGUCUCUUUUCUCUAUAUCUUCACUACACAUCAUUCCCACCACCCAUAAAAAAGGCUUUACAUUUAUAUGCAGGAAAAACAAAAAAAACAAAAGAAAAAAGAAAAAAGAAAAAAGAAAAGAAAAAGAAAAAACAAAGAUGAGCUAGAUUUUUAUGCAAAAAAGGUGGAUAGAUUGAUUUUGGAUUGAAGAAUCAUGAUUAAUGGUUCUCAGCUUCCUCACAUGAAUCUCAUUAUCAUCAUCUUCAUGCUCACAACACUCCAAUAUUGUAGUCACAAUCUGGCUGUGGAAGCUGCAUUGAAUGCUGCAGAGUACUUCAGUCUUCAUGUCCUACAAGAACUGCAUUUCAUGGAGGACAACGGAGAUUUCAAAGACAACCAUGUUGAGAAGGUCUCAGGAGAAGAUGAAAAUGAAGUAAAGGAAGGUUUGAUCUUGGAAAAGUUCAGAGCUUUACUUGGACUAAAGAGCUCCAAAACAACAAGUCCAUCACCAUUACCUCCCAUUGAAUCUCCAGCUCCAGCUCCUGCUCCAAUGGUGCCUAUUCAUGUCCAUCCUCAUCACCGAUUUGGUCGUCCUCGGCCGAUCCAUCCACACCACAGGAUUCACAAAGAUAAGAGAGAUAAGGGUAUACUUAGAAGAAUUCUAAUACCAGUUCUUGUGGCUGCUGGAGCUACCUUCAUAAUAUGUGCCAUUGGGCUCAUUUUGGUCUGCAGAAAAUUCAGUGAACAAAGAAAGAGGUCAAAAGGUACAAUGUCAAUAAUACAUACCACUGAAGAUGUACCUAAAAGUAGAUCAAAGUAUUUGAGCUCUCAAAAUUCAUCCAAAAAGGUAAGCUCUGAUUCAGACCUUGAACUCUUUCACCUUGAUUCAGCUUUAGAACCAAAAGCAAUUUGUGUCAAACAAUUAUCAAACUGUGAAUUGCAUGUCAGAGAAGAAUCAGAAAAGGAACCAACAAAAUCAGAAUCCGAUAGUGUGUGUUAUUCUGUUGCUGGAGAAAUUAUGUCUGUUCAUGAAUCAAUUAAUUAUGAAUCUGACAAAUCUUUAUCCUCAUCUGGUGAUAAUGUAACUUAUUUUGAAGCACAUUCAUCUGAUGAACAAUCUUUCCAUUCUUUCUCUGAUUCAUAUGCAUCGAAUGUGAGGAUGUCCAAUGCUUCAUUGGGUAGUCCUAGUGACAAACCAAAAAUUGUUUCCCCAAAUGUGUCAAAAGUUUCUUCUUCUGUGACCUCUCCUAUGAACUUAGCAAUUCCAUCACCAAUUCAAGAUUCCAACUCAAUUGCAGCCCAUUUUCCGCGCAAUUCGGAUCAGAACAUGCAGGUAGCUCCCAGUUCUUCCAGUGGUCCGAACAGGUUCACGCCCCCACCACCGCCGCCACCACCACCUCCUCCCCCUUGUGUACAUGUUCCUCCUUUUCACCCGUCUUGUUCAAUGCGGACCACAUCUAAGGCUUUGAGUUCUUCCACAUUGCCAAUUUUGUCAUCUCCAAGAGAUUCAGGUUCUUCUUCACGAUCAAAUUUUACCACCAAAAGUGAUUUGCCAUCUUCACUUCCUAAGCCUCCAAUAGGGAUUCCUCCACCGCCAUGUCCACCUCCAUUUUCGAAAGGAAAUGGCAAGCAUAUGAAGGGCCCACCUCCGCCGUCUCAGCUUCCUCAGUAUGUGCCAUUGGGUAAAGAUGGAGCUCCAUUGCCAAAACUGAAACCACUUCAUUGGGACAAAGUUAGAGCAGCUUCAAAUCGUUCCACGGUGUGGGACAAGCUGAAAACAAGCUCAUUUGAAUUUGAUGAGGAAAUGAUUGAAUCACUUUUUGGAUACAAUCUACAAGAUUCGAUGAAGCAUGAUGAAGGAAAGAGCAAAAGCCCUUCUCCAAGCAAGCAUGUUCUUGAGCCCAAGAGACUGCAAAACAUAACCAUACUCUCAAAAGCUCUGAAUGCGACUGCUGAACAAGUUUGUGAUGCACUGGUAAAAGGGGAUGGCUUGUGUUUACAACAGCUAGAGGUUUUAGUGAAAAUGGUACCCACCAAAGAAGAAGAGGCUUUACUCUCUAGCUAUAAAGGAGACAUCAAAGAAUUGGGCUCAGCAGAGAGAUUUGUUAAGGCAAUGCUCAACAUACCUUUUGCCUUCUUAAGGAUUGAAGCAAUGCUUUACCGCGAAACGUUUGAAGAUGAGGUUGUUCAUCUCAGAAAGUCUUUCUCAAUGCUAGAGGAGGCAUGCAAAGAACUAAGAUCAAGCCGGCUCUUCUUGAAAUUACUUGAAGCUGUUCUCAAAACCGGAAACAGGAUGAAUGUUGGAACAAUCAGGGGAGGUGCCAGAGCAUUCAAGCUCGACGCCCUCCUUAAGCUAGCCGACGUGAAAGGAACAGAUGGGAAAACUACACUGCUCCACUUUGUCGUCCAAGAAAUUGUCCGGUCAGAAGGAAUUAGAAGCUCAGAGAGUAUAAUGGGAAAGAUAAACCAGAAAAGUAAGAGCAAAAAUGCUGAAGAAAGUUACAGAAGAAUGGGACUAGACCUUGUUUCCGGUCUAAGUACCGAACUCUGCAAUGUGAAGAAGACAGCCACAAUAGAUUUGGAUGUUCUUGCAAUAUCAGUCUCAAACCUAUCAGAUGGAAUGGCUAAGUUGAGACACCUGGUAAACAGGAACUUGUGUGUGGAUGAAAAAAGUGGUAACUUUGUGGUCUCAAUGAGAGCUUUUCUUGGUUAUGCAGAGAAGAAUAUAAAGGAGUUGCAAGAAGAUGAAGACAAAGUCCUAUUACUUGUUAGAAAAAUCACUGAGUACUUUCAUGGAGAUGUGAGCAAAGAUGAAGCCAAUCCACUUAGAAUUUUUGUAAUUGUGAGAGACUUUUUGGGUAUGUUAGAUCAUGUGUGUAAAGAGCUUAGAAGCUUGAAAGUUUCAAGUAGUCCAAAUCCUCUAGCUCCAUUCAGAUAGAAAUUAGAUGGCUUGGGAUGUCUAUACUUCAUAAAAUUCCCAUUUCAUUAUAAUUACAAAUCUGUGUAACAUCUUCCAAACUUUAUGUAAAAUUUUGGGCAUGAUUAAAUAUGGUGGCUUGAAUCAAUGUGUUGUAAUACCAACAUUUUCAAUG